ACAUAGACUGUUCUUGUUGUGUGGCACCAAAAUCAAAAUUGUCAACGAAUUCCAUCUUUAAAUUCUAUCUUUAUCGACAGUUGUGAGAUGUCUCGAAAACUUAAUCAACAGAACUAUGGGAGAUUAUUCUCUGAUGACCUGUCUUCCAUACCAGACCUUGGAACUCAACAAGGAUAUGAAGUGACUUCACAGCAAACUCCAGAGAGGGCAGCAGAUAUGAAUGCAUCUCCCUCGAACCGCCGGCUGAUGAGCGAAGAGAGGAAGCAUUACAACAGAGCUUUGAGGGACAUGUGUAAAAUCAUCAAUGCUAGUAGUAAACAGCUCGGAGAUGCGUCACAGAGGACAGACAGAGACGAUAGGCUUCGGAGGAUGAUGAGGGAGGGGAGAUACCGUGACAGACAUACUUUGUCUGAGGACCUUGCAACGCUUUCCGAUCCAGAUGUGACCCUCCAGGUUGGAGCAUCCUAUGAUGAUGGGACCUCCAAUGGCUCGGGUCUUGGGAGAAGACAUGAUCCAUAUGAUCGCAUGGACGAUGAUUUUGAUGAUGAUGAUGACGAGGAGGAAGAUGAUCUUGAUGGGGAUCAUAUGACCAGUCCCCACAGGUCGCAGAAGAACUAUCAUAAGGCAGGGAGCAGAGACAACGAUGUCAGCUGGAGCCCUGGCAAGCCAUCUGGACAGUUUGAGGCUGUUUAUGCAGAGCUGGUUACCAUCAGCUCCAAACUUCAGAGGCAGACCGUUGCCCUACAGGAGAGGGAGAAGGCAUUAGAAAAGCGAGAACAAUCUCUUCAAAAUCUGGAGGAAACUCUUCAGACUGACAAUUUAUCCAUCCAUCAAGCUUACAAAGAUUUCAACAAGAGAUGGCAUAAACUGGAAGAGGAGCACAGGAAGCAGGUGAAAGAGCUUGAGGACACCAUCAGAGAGAGAACUAAAGAGAGCAAGAGACAGAAGGAAUCAUUUGAUACCCUGAAGCAGGCCAAUGAUGGAUUAAGAAAUCAGCUUGACAAGGUCGAAGAACAGAACAAGAAGCUUGAAUCUCAAGCCAUCGGUCUUCAGAGUCGCUUGACCAACCUGCUGAGGAAGCAGGAACUGAUCAGUCGACAGAGAGACCAAGAGAGCAUGGCGGUCAAGGCUAAGGUUGAAUCUGUCAAGCGGCGGGUAGAGGGGUCAGCGCAGAAAAGUGUGAUGUCAAGAAGCACAAAGCAAUCCUCUGGACUGUAUGAUGCAUUAGGAAUACUCCUAGAAUGGGUGAGUGAGGUUCAUCUAAGACACUACUCUGACGAUCCUUCAAAGCCUCUAGAAGCCAUGCCUUCACCAGCGCUUACACAUGACAGAUGUAUUAGGAUUUUACCAGCUCUAGUUGAAGUCCUUGGGCAGCUUCCAUCUCAAGCUGCCAAGUUACAUCUUCCUUGUCUUCAAUUCAUCUACUGGUCUCUCCUACACCUGCAGUCAUCAGAUAAACAGCAGGUGAGUCUGUCAUCGACGUACCGUCGUCUUGGUGAUGAGUUGUACCGCCCUCAGGUGGUGAGGUUUGCCUCGGAUCGAGAUCGGACCAGCCCUGAUCCUGCUGCUCAGACGGAGAAACCCAAGUCGGCCAUCUUCUUCAAGAGUGCCAACCUCCACAUCCGUUUCCUCUCCUCUCUCAUCAUUAUGAGGACUAUCACACAGGUGGACUACUUGGCAAAUGUCUUUGAUGUUGUCCGGUGUGACCUCAAAGAUGACAGAGCCAAAGAGUUGUACCUUCGCUACCAGGCCACACCCCUCAUCCUCUCUCAUCUCAAAGCUAGUAACAGAGCUAUCACGGGCUGUGCUGUGGAUAUCUUCCUACAGAUGUCUAUGGAAUCAAUUUUCAUGCAGCAGUUCCUGUACAGCUGUUGCAACGACGUCUGGUUCAAGUCAUGUGCUGCCCUCUUGAGUUCAACGGGGAUGGAUAUCAAGGUGGUCGAGAAAUUAAGCAUCAUCCUCCAAAAACUUUCCAAAGUCAAGACCAACAAGCAUCUGUUUGACUCCUCUGGUACCUCCUUCACCAUCCAGGAGAUGUCCAGAUCCAGGGAGUGCCAGGAGAAUGCCUUCCUGGCCCUCAACUUCCGCUCCAUCCUCUUCAACCUCAACCUCCUCAAACCCGGCUCUAAUUCUACCAUGAGAUAAAAUCCACAAAUGAGGCAUGAUGGCUCAGUGGUAGACCUGUGACCCAUUUCACAAAACUUGUCAUCAGUGACCAAUGACAGUUUUUGUUAUA